AUGGUACUUUUCCAUGUGGAGAAUGAGCUGACAGGACACACGAAUCUCAUCACACACUACAACCUGGAGCAUGCUUAUAACAAGUUCUGCGGGAAGAAGGUGAAGGAGAAACUCAGCAACUUCCUGAGCUUACUGGACAGCCCAGGCAUUCAGGACAACAGCUCUAUGCGAUCUCUCAACUCGUUCAGUCCUCUCACUGGGGAUAUGCUCACCUGCUUCAGGCUACACACUGGCCCCUUACCAGAGCAGUAUAGACUGAUGCAUAUUCAACCACCGAAGAAGAAGAACAAGCACAAGCAUAAACAUCAUCGUCCUCAGGAUCCCUUACCCCCAGAAACUCCGUCCGAUUCAGACCAUAAGAAGAAGAAGAAAAAUAAGGACGAUGACCCGGACAGAAAGAAAAAGAAGAAAGAUAAGAAGAAGGAGAAGAAUCGCCAUAGCCCUGAUCACCCAGGCAUGACUGGGGCUCAGCCCAGCAGCAGCUUGAGAUAAGAACUGCCUCAGUGGCAGAAAA